AUUUAUUAAAAAUGUUGUAAGAUUAGAUAUCUUUGGCUGAGUUUGUGCUUUAAGAGGCAAGAGAGAAAUGCUUUGAAAUAGAAGUGAAGGCUUUUAAGUAAUUUGAGAAAGAGAAAAAGUAAAUAGUGGAGAGAGAGAAAUCUAACAUUUAAGAAGAAUUCAAUACAAAAUUUAAGAAAAAGGCUCAGCAAGAGAGAAUCAAACAUAGUGCUUUAGUGAAUGGAGCUAGAAUGAGAUUGAUGAAUGCUAGAAAUUAAGCUAUGACUAAGAUUUUCUCUGAUGUACAUAUAUAUUUAAAUGAUAAUUUAGUCACAAUAUCAAAUUUAUAAAAUGAUCAGAUAAGAUGAAAGAUUUUAUGAGGAAUUGCUAAAAAAUUUAAUGGUUCAAGGAUUAAUAAAAUUAUUUGAACAUGAUGUUGUAGUAAGGUAAUUGUAUUGUAUAAUUAUAAAGAUGUUUACAUCGUGAUAUUAGACAUGUAAGAAAUGUUAUUGAUGAUGCUAUUUCUGAAUUCUAAGACAUUCUAAGAAAAGAAUUAAAUGGAUUAGAAUUUGAAGUCUCAAUUGAAGUAGAUGAAGAAAAAUGUUUGGAUGAAAGAGCAUUAAUUGAUAAUUCAAUUAAAAGUGUUUAAGAUUAUUCUAUAUAAGAAUCAGCUUCAGAAGUAUUAAAAAUAUACUAAUAUUCUUAAGGUUAUAUCUAAAACAGAAAAUGAUAAAAAGUGUUUUGGUGGAAUUUUAAUGACAAAUAAAGAUGGAUUAAUUGUUUGUAAGAAUACCUUAGAUGUUCGAACAGAUUAAACAUUUUAAGAUUCAUUGCCUAUUAUCAGAAGCACAUUAUUUGGAAAAUGAUGUCAUUAUAUUCAAAUAAUCUAUAUUAAUAUUAUUAU